AUGACUCUGGAGUCCAUGAUGGCCUGUUGCCUGAGCGAAGAGGCGAAGGAGUCGAAGCGGAUCAACGCCGAGAUCGACAAGCAGCUGCGGCGGGACAAGCGCGACGCGCGGCGGGAGCUCAAGCUGCUGCUGCUCGGGACGGGUGAGAGCGGGAAGAGCACCUUCAUCAAGCAGAUGCGCAUCAUCCAUGGGACCGGAUACACGGAUGAGGACAAGCGGGGCUUCACCAAGCUCGUCUACCAGAACAUCUUCACCUCCAUGCAGUCCAUGAUUCGCGCUAUGGAAACCCUCAAGAUCCAGUACAAGUAUGAGCAGAACAAGUCCAAUGCCAUGUUGGUGAAAGAGGUGGACAUCGAGAAGGUGACUUCCUUCGAGCAGCCCUACGUCAACGCGGUGAAAAUGCUCUGGGCGGACCCUGGCAUCCAGGAGGCGUACGACCGCCGGCGAGAGUACCAGCUCUCAGAUUCCACCAAAUACUACCUUAAUGAUAUAGAGCGUAUAUCUUCGCCGGGGUACAUCCCCACCCAGCAGGAUGUGCUGCGGGUUCGAGUGCCCACUACCGGCAUCAUUGAGUACCCCUUUGACCUGGAGAAUAUAAUGUUCAGCUAUCUAAGCGACGUGGAUCGUAUCGCCGACCCGUCCUAUCUGCCGACCCAACAGGAUGUACUUAGGGUUCGCAUUCCGACCACAGGGAUCAUUGAGUACCCGUUCGACUUGCAAAGCAUCAUUUUCAGGAUGGUCGAUGUAGGAGGACAGCGCUCUGAGCGCAGGAAGUGGAUCCACUGCUUUGAGAACGUGACCUCCAUCAUGUUCCUGGUAGCGCUGAGUGAGUACGACCAGGUCCUGGUGGAGUCCGACAACGAGAAUCGAAUGGAGGAGAGUAAAGCGCUUUUCAGGACCAUCAUCACAUAUCCCUGGUUCCAGAACUCCUCUGUCAUUCUGUUCCUCAACAAGAAGGACCUUCUAGAGGAGAAGAUCAUGUACUCCCACCUGGUAGACUACUUCCCUGAGUUUGACGGCCCCCAGAGAGAUGCCCAGGCAGCCCGGGAGUUCAUCCUCAAGAUGUUUGUCGAUCUGAACCCUGACAGCGACAAGAUCAUCUACUCCCACUUCACCUGUGCCACCGACACUGAGAACAUCCGCUUCGUGUUCGCGGCUGUCAAGGACACCAUCCUGCAGCUGAACCUGAAGGAGUACAACCUGGUGUGAGCGGACAGCCAACACACUCACGCGCACACAGUGCAGGAGUUCAUGUCUGUUUGCAUGUUUUCAUGCAUUCCCUGCAGGCAGACACACACACACACACACACACACACACACACACACAGAGACACACACACACAAAUUGCCGAAGACCCAUCUACAGCCCUGGUCCUCCAGCCUCUCCUGCUCCUAGUUUUUCAUUCCAGCAUCACAGAGCAGUGCCCCACCUCCUGAGCCCCCACCUUACCACCCGCACAGUCCACCUCUCCGCCUGUUCAGAAAGUCUAGUCAACAGCAGUCGUCCCCUCUUCCCCUCCCUGAAUUUGAUUGACACAUCAGAUUUGUAGCAUGGCAAAAAUUGAGCACCUCUGUUUGGCCUGAGCGAUGGUGAACCUGCAUCAAUUUGUUUGGGAGGAGGAGCUGGAGCAGCCCAGUGAUGACAAGGCUGAGGAACCAGGGGUGACUGCUGAAGGAUUAUGGGAAAUCUGGUGCAAAAAAUUUUUACAUAUAGAAGGAUAGCAAGCUGAGGGGCAGUGGCCUCAUCUCCAGUGUAAAACCCAGUGCCGAGCACAGCAGCGGUGAGUGAGGGCCGAGUGACAGAACACACAGCUCCCGGUCCCUUAGUCCUCCUCGCGUUCCUGUCCCUCUUCCUGUAUCGUAGCAGGAACCAAAAA